AUGAGAUGCCUCUCGGCCGUUCGAUCUUUCUCCUCCGCCGAGAGGGAUGUCGCGGUGCUGCCGCGUGCUCGGGGGCUUUGUCAAGCAGCGCCCGGAGAAUUACUGAAGCUGCUCGGAAAUAGCAGGGUCUAUCAAAGGCGGACGAGGCUGGGCAGCGGCGACGCGAGGAAGACAAGCGGCUGGCGCGGAGGGGGGCCGGCGCCGCGCAUCCGGCUGCGAAAAGCAGGGUGUAAGCUGAUCGCGGAGAAUCCUCGCGGAGGGAUUUUGGUGAAACACGUACCCGAGGGCUGCCAGCGAGCCGCCUCCGGGCUGGGACAGAUGCGACGCUUCAGUCAUCGCGCUCGCUCCGCGCUUGCUGCCGAUCUCGCCCUGGCGCUGGCUGCUUUUUCGGGAGAUUACACCUGCACAUUCACGUACUCUGCUCAGGGAGGAACAAACGAGCAAUGGCAGAUGAAUAUUGGAGUCAGUGAAGACAACCUGCUCUUCUCCUGCUCUGUCUGGAGGCCGCAAGGAAAGUCUUAUCUCUUCUUCACCCAGUUUAAAGCUGAAGUGAAAGGAGCCAAGAUAGAGCAUGCCAUGGCUUAUUCUAAAGCUGCAGUGGGUGGACAAAGUGACGUCCCCUUAAAACAGGAAGAAUUUGAAAUCACCGAAACAACAGUGUCUCACAAGGAAGGCAAGUUCCGCUCUGAACUGUCCAAACUCAUGAUUGUAGCAAAAACGCCCCGUGAUGAGCUGUGACCCCAAGGCCAGUGCUGGGCAGGGUGCUUCAGCUGGAAGAGCAUGGCAGAUAAAGGGGACUGCUUGUUAUUGGCGGGGUUUUUGGUUGGCCAAAUCUUUCCUGUUUUCCAUAUUGAAAUGUGCUGGGGUCCAACACAAGUGCGACUUGGAGGUGUUAAGACAGAUGCAUUCUGUCUUGUGUCAGAGUAACAAUGUGCUUUGCAGCUGGAAACCUCCAUUGAGACUCUUGAUCUGCAGCCAGCCAUUCUGUCGCCCGCUUUCUGCUUCGCUGAUCUGCUGAAUAUGGUAAAGCUCCCCUCUAACAGGGGCUCCUUAUCUCCCUUGCUAGAAAGAGCAAUGCAGAAAGAUAAGCGGCUGGAUUUGAACAAGGUUUGCUAAAGGAAAGUCGUUAACUCUGUAGUCUCUGGAGGAGGAACAGGAUUUCUCUCUCUGCAAGCAUGACAGGAGGAGCAAAUUAAAUAGGGUGGGAGGGGGAGGGAAGGGGUAGAGUUGGCUCUCUGACUCCUUGAUGAGGGGGGCUGCUAAGACCAUCACUGGUUUUGCUGGGGAGGAUGUUCUGGACCUGCCCUAGCGCAGAGGGCGGGGUGAGAUAACUUGGCACGGGAAAGGCAGAGCUCGCAGACUGUGCUGGCCUUCUUAUUCUGACACAACCCAGGAAACCAUCUGAGCAACACUUUCAUGUCUCAGUACAACUGCAGGACUAUUUUUUACCUACAGAAGUGAUUUUUUUUUUUCUUAUCUAGAGUAAUAACACUGAGGGAAUAUGGAAUUCUUUUUCUGUGUAAAUACAACACAAAUAAAAAAAAUAAAGCAUAAGGCUAUUGCCUGAGUUUGCUCCCA